GGUUUCCAGCGAAGACGAGGACAUGGAAAAACAGAAGCCAUUCACGCUGUUCCUUCCGCCGCGGCUAAGCGGCAGCCAGGUGUCUGCGGUGAAGCCCCAGAGCGCGGCCCCGGAUUUUCUCUAUUUCAAGAGUUUCAACAAAGGUACUGAAGAGGAUUUUGCAUUUUCAUUUGGAAUGACUAAUCGCUCCAAAAAUGGGGGAAACCUUGACUCAGAUCCUGCUUUAGAAAAUGUUAACUGUUUGCCUAUGCUGGAGCAGGUCAGUUAAACAGAUUGCUACCAUCAGGAGGGACUAAAAGACUCAGAAUUUGAGAAUUCAGAGCCAAUGAACAGAAUGUACUCAAAGCUGUAUAAGGAAGCUGAAAAGAUUAAAAAGUGGAAAGUGAAUGUGGAAUCUGAACUGAAGCAGAAAGAAAAUAAGUUGCAAGAAAACAGAAAGAUAACUGAAGCACUACGAAAAGCCAUUCAGGAGCUUCAGUUUGAAAAUGAAAGAGUAAGUUUGAAAUUAGAUGAAGAAAUUCAAGAAAAUAAAGACUUAAUAAAAGAGAAUAAUGCUACAAGACAUUUAUGUAAUGUACUCAGUGAAACCUGUACUAGAGCUUCAGAAAAGAUGAAGAAAUGUAAAUAUCUUAAAAUGAUAAUCGCUUUUGAGGACCUUCGGGUGCAAGCUGAGAAUUCCAGACUGGAAAUGUAUUUUAAGUUGAAGGAAGAUAAUGAAAAAAUCCAGCACCUUGAAGAAGAAUACAAGAAGGAAGUAAAUGAGAAGGAAAAUCAGGUAUCACUACUGUUGCUCCAAAGCACUGAGAAAGAAAAUAAAAUGAAAGAGUUAACAUUUCUUCUAGAAGAAUCCAGAGAUAAAGUUAAUCACUUAGAGGAAAAGACAAAAUUACAAGAUGAAAACUUAAAAGAAUCAAAUGAGAAGAAGAAUCUCUUGGCAUCUGAACUAGAAAAUAUUAAAAUGUCCUUGCAAAUAAGUAUGAAUACUCAAAAGGCUUUAGAAGAAGAUUUACAGAGAGCAACAAAAGCAGCAUGUCAGCUUAAUGAAGAAAAAGAAGCUCAAGUGGAAGAAUUUGAUAAAGCUAAAGUUGCUCAUUCAUUUGUGGUUACCGAACUAAAAACUACUAUUUGCAGCUUAGAGGAAUUAUUAAGAACAGAACAACAAAGAUUGGAAAAAAAUGAAGAUGAACUGAAAAUACUUACUGUGGAGCUUCAGAAGAAGUCAAGUGAGCUGGAAAAGAUGACUAAGUUUAAAAAUAACACAGAAGCAGAAGUUGAAGAAUUGAAAAAAGUCUUAGCAGAAAACCAAAAGCUUUUAGAUGAAAAGAAACAAAUUGAAAAGGUCGUUGAAGAAUUAAAAGGAAAACAACAAGAACUAACUGGUCUUUUACAAAACAGAGAGAGAGAAAUACAUGAUUUCGAAAUACAAUUGACUGCCAUUGCCACAAGUGAACAUCAUUAUUCAGACCAGGUUAAAGAUAUGAAAACUGAGCUUGAAAAGGAGAAGCUUAAGAAUACUGAAUUAACAGUAAAUUGUGACAAGUUGUCACUAGAAAACAAAGAACUGGCACAAGAAAAAAGUGAUAUGGCUUUGGAACUCAAGCAGCAGCAAGACCAUAUUAAUAAUAGCAAAAUGCAAGAAGAACAACUGUUGAAACAAAUAGAAAAUCUUGAAGAAACAGAAAUACAAUUAAGGAAUGAAUUACAAUCUGUGAAACAAGAAUUAAAACAGAAAGAAGAAGAAGUUAAAUGUAAAUUGGACAAAAGUGAAGAGAAUUGUAACAAUUUAAGGAAACAAGUUGAAAAUAAAGGAAAGUAUAUUGAAGAGCUUCAGCAGGAGAAUAAGGCCUUGAAAAAAAAGGGUGCAGCAGAAAGCAAGCAACUGAAUGUUUAUGAGAUAAAGGUCAGUGAAUUAGAAUUAGAACUAGAAAAUUCCAGACAAAAGUUUGAAGAAAUGACUUACAACUAUCAAAAAGAAAUUGAGGAUAAAAAGAUUUCAGAAGAAAAUCUUUUGGGACAGAUUGAGAAGACAACAGUAAGAGCUGAUGAAGCUGAAAAAUUACAGAAAGAAAUUGAUUUAAGAUGUCAACAUAAAAUAGCUGAAAUGGUAGCACUUAUGGAAAAACAUAAGCACCAAUAUGAUAAGAUGGUUGAAGAAAGAGACUCAGAACUAGGACUUUACAAGACCAAAGAACAAGAACAGUUGUCUCUGAGAACAUCUUUGGAGAUUGAACUAUCUAACCUCAAAACUGAACUUUUGUCUGUUAAGAAACAACUGGACAUAGAAAGAGAAGAAAAAGAAAAAGUCAAAAGAGAGGUCAAAGUAAACAUAGUUACUCUGAAAGAAAACGAUAAGAAAAUACAGACAUCUUCAUGGGAAGCACCUGAAUCUAGUUACAGGAAAUUUGAUUCUAAAGCAACUCCUUCACAAAGUGUAUCUCGAAAUUGCCUAACUGAUUGUCGUAAAUCGAAAGAUAAAAGAAAUCAUAUGUGGACAUCUGCCCAAAGCAUUUUAUCUACACCAGUACGAAAGGCAUAUACAGUGAAGACACCAACUAAACUGCAAAUACAACGAAGAGAAGAAAAUAAAGCUGUUGGAGAAAAUAAAAAGAGAAAAGUCUUUGAAUUUGAUGCUAAUUCAGACAGUUCAGAAGCUACUGAUCUUUGGAGCAUGGUAUCUGAGGAAGAAACAGUGAACAAACUGUACAACAACAGUAAUCCACCAGUUUCUCAUUUUCGUGUCAAAACUCCAAAAAAGACACCUACAUCUGUGAGAUCUUCUCGAUCUGUGUUCAAACUUGGAUCUGUGAAAAGAAUGAAAGAUGACCACUGGGCUAUAGUUACUGAAGUAGACAGGAAAAAAAAAGUAAAGGAAGCAGGAAAGUUAUUUUCUUAAUUUAAGAAAACCAUGC